CCUGGACAACAGCAACACCUGUGUGAGAAUGCUGUUCAUUGACUUCAGUUCAGCAUUCAACACCAUCAUCCCAUCCAAACUGAUCACUCCAAUGAUUUUAAACUUCAAACAAGUGUCCACCCACCAGGAAGAAGAUGUUUGCCAAUGAAGCCAGCUAUGUCUCCUUUGUGGUUGUGCUGGUGUGCUGAUGUUCUUCUCACCUGGGUUUCCACAGCAGCUGACAUCCCUCAGGAUGACGAGUGUAAGGACUAUGGCGUGCCGUUCGAGCGCGUGUUCAGACGGUCUGGGGAGGCAGCCAUGUUUAACUGCUCUCUAGUAGAUCCCCGUGUCUUCAAUGUGUCCACACACCCCUACAACACAACAUGGUACCACCUGCCUACAGGCCAGGAGCAGAGGGCACAUAUGGAACAUACCAUUAUUCAGGGGACAACGCUGUGGCUUCUCAACAUCACUGCAGAGGAUAAAGGGGAAUUCAUGUGUGUUGUCAGGACUGCUGAGGGCUGUUUUAAACAGGCCUAUGUGCUGAUGGUGGAGGCGGAACCAGGGGCGGGGCCUGAUAGGGGGUGUGUCCACAGGGAGAGGAGCAUCCAGUUCCUCCCAGCGCUGACCAGCAGCUUCCUCUCCUGCCCUCUACGGGAGUAUCUGCCCUACCUGGACACCUACACCAUCCACUGGUACAGGAGCUGUGAGGUUUUGCCGAUUAAUGGGAAGUUCCUGGUGAUGGGUGAAGGAGACCUCGUUGUGGACAGCGUUGCCCCUGACGACGCAGAUAACUACACCUGCGUCCUGAGCUUCCAGCUGGCUGGACUCCAGGGUCUUAUGAGUGAGACCAUCGAGACCACUGUCCUUGUGAAAGUCACUUACCAGCCAGAAAUCCUCUUGCUGGAUGGAGAGAUCAACAAAGUUCCCCUGGGCUCCUCUUUCCAUAAGCUGUGUCGUGUGUCAGUGCCUGGAGUGGGAUCUCACGACGUCUUAGUGAUCUGGAGAACACAAGACAAGUACAUCAACUACAAUACAACCCACCGCAUUCACCAGCUGCCACAGAGAGAGGUACCUGUUGCAGACGGGUCGGUGGUGGAGGCGGAUCUGGUGUUCUCUGAGGUGAGAGAAGAGGACCUGAAUGUGAACUUCACCUGUGAGGUCCAUAAUGACCGCAGAGUCCCCCAAGCCAGCUUUAGACUGCAGUCAGAGAGGAUGACCAUCUAAACAUUUCUGGUGGGUAUCUUUAUUUCUUAUUCUUUGGGGGUAGGCUCCGCCUCCUGCCGUCUCAUUCCGGCAGGAUCUGCAAGGGUCUGCACUCUCAUUGACCUGGACUGAGGACGAGGCCUAUGCCAAAGACUAUCUUGUUGUUGCUUAUGUAUUUCGUGUAUCCUUUGAUUGUGUGUGUGUGUGUGUUCACACCAUAUUCACACCAUAUUCUACACAAAAAACAAACAACAUCAGAAUGCUACAUUCACACAUAAACUACUAUAGAAAUACUAUAGCGGCUCUAGUGCUAUAAAACUACUAUAGAAAUACUAUAGCGGCUCUAGUACUAUAAGACUACCUUAUAAAUACUAUAGCGCUCUAGUGCUAUAAAACUACUAUAGAAAUACUAUAGCGGCUCUAUCUAUAGAAAUACUAUAGCGGCUCUAGUGCUAUAAAACUACUAUAAGACUACUAUAGAAAUACUAUAGCGGCUCUAGUACUAUAAGACUACUAUAGAAAUACUAUAGCGGCUCUAGUGCUAUAAGACUACCUUAUAAAUACUAUAGCGCUCUAGUGCUAUAAAACUACUAUAGAAAUACUAUAGUGGCUCUAGUGCUAUAAAACUACUAUAGAAAUACUAUAGCGGCUCUAGUGCUAUAAAACUACUAUAGAAAUACUAUAGCGGCUCUAGUACUAUAAGACUACCUUAUAAAUACUAUAGCGCUCUAGUGCUAUAAAACUACUAUAGAAAUACUAUAGCGGCUCUAUCUAUAGAAAUACUAUAGCGGCUCUAGUGCUAUAAAACUACUAUAAGACUACUAUAGAAAUACUAUAGCGGCUCUUGUACUAUAAAACUACUAUAGAAAUACUAUAGCGGCUCUAGGAUAUAAAACUACUAUAGAAAUACUAUAGCGGCUCUAGGAUAUUAUAGAGGUAUU